ACCGAGGAGCACGAAGAACACCGCGGUCUUAGUUUCUCUGUAGUGGCCGGUUCGAGAAGAGCUGCCACGAGGGAAGACCAUCGGCGCCUUCGCACACGCGUCUGCGGCAUUCGAAUUAACAGCUGACGCGCAAAUACGACUCGCCAUGUCGUACUGCGCGCGAGUUCUUCGUGCACAGAGACUGUCCGCGUUGGCGGCGGAUGUGCAGCAGCGAUGCUUCAGCGCGAGUCCGUUGAGCUUCGCCGCUGCGAAGGUGGCGAUGUCGAAGUUCGACUCCACCAGCUACCUGCCCUAUGACAAGCUGGAGGAAAAUCUUAAAAUAGUUAAGAAGAGAUUGAACCGGCCGCUGACUCUGUCCGAGAAAGUUCUGUAUUCCCAUCUCGAUGAGCCCGACAAGCAAGAUAUCGUUCGCGGCACCAGCUACCUCCGGUUGCGACCGGAUCGCGUCGCCAUGCAGGACGCGACUGCUCAGAUGGCGAUGUUGCAGUUUAUCAGCUCCGGUCUACCGAAAGUCGCGGUACCCUCCACCAUCCACUGCGAUCACCUGAUCGAGGCUCAGAUCGGCGGGGUGGAAGAUCUGCAACGCGCCAAAGACAUCAACAAGGAAGUCUACAACUUCCUGAAGACCGCGGGCGCUAAAUACGGCGUUGGCUUCUGGAACCCUGGCUCCGGCAUCAUCCAUCAGAUCAUCCUUGAGAAUUACGCCUUCCCCGGUCUACUGAUGAUCGGCACCGAUUCGCACACACCGAACGGGGGCGGUCUAGGGUGUCUGUGCAUCGGCGUCGGCGGCGCCGACGCUGUUGACGUCAUGGCGAACAUCCCGUGGGAGCUCAAAUGCCCCAAGGUCAUCGGCGUGAAGCUCACGGGCGAGCUCAAGGGUUGGACCAGUCCCAAGGACAUCAUCCUGAAAGUGGCCGGUAUCCUCACCGUCAAGGGCGGCACCGGCGCCAUCGUCGAGUACUUCGGACCGGGUGUCGACAGCAUCAGCUGCACCGGAAUGGCCACCAUUUGCAACAUGGGCGCCGAAAUUGGCGCGACCACCUCGCUCUUCCCGUACAACUACAGGAUGCAGGAUUAUCUGAAGGCGACCGGGCGCUCGGAGAUUGCUGGAGCCGCCGAUCAACAUAAGAGCCUGCUGACCGCCGACUCUAACGCCAAAUACGAUCAGAUCAUCGAGUUAGAACUGUCGACUCUCGAGCCGCACGUGAACGGCCCUUUCACGCCGGACUUGGCCCACCCGAUCUCCAAAUUGGGCGAAACCGCCAAGAAGAACAACUGGCCGAACGAGAUCAAGGUCGGCCUGAUCGGUUCUUGCACCAAUAGUUCCUACGAGGACAUGGGUCGAUGCGCAAACAUCGCCAAGCAGGCUCUGAAGCACGGCUUGACAGCGAAAUCCGCGUUUAACGUUACGCCUGGAUCCGAGCAAAUUCGCGCGACAAUCGAGCGCGACGGAAUCGCAGAGACACUUCGCCAGUUCGGCGGUACAGUGUUAGCCAACGCCUGCGGGCCCUGCAUCGGUCAAUGGGAUCGCCAAGACAUCAAGAAGGGUGACAAAAACACGAUCGUCACGUCGUACAAUCGAAAUUUCACGGGCCGCAAUGAUGCCAAUCCAGCGACACAUGCGUUCGUCACGAGUCCCGAGCUCGUUACUGCUCUGUCCAUCGCCGGUAGACUCGACUUCAAUCCGGUGAAAGACAGAUUGAAGGGCAAAGACGGAAAGGAAUUCCUCCUGGACAGUCCGUAUGGUGACGAAUUACCUAGUCGCGGUUUUGAUCCCGGUAUGGAGACUUACGAUUCGCCACCAUCGGACGGUGGCAAAGUUAAGGUCGACGUGGAUUCGAAGAGUCAAAGAUUACAGUUGCUGGAGCCCUUCGACAAGUGGGACGGUAAGGAUCUGGAGGACCUAACCAUCCUGAUUAAAGUGAAAGGCAAGUGCACCACAGAUCACAUCUCUGCGGCCGGCCCGUGGCUCAAGUAUCGUGGGCAUCUCGAUAAUAUUUCCAACAACAUGUUCAUUGGCGCUGUGAAUUUUGAAAAUGGCGAGAUGAACAAGAUCAAGAACCUACUGACGAAUGAUUGGGGUGCCGUCCCUGACGUUGCUCGCGAUUACAAGAAGAAGGGCGUAAGAUGGGUUGCGGUUGGAGAUGAGAAUUACGGCGAAGGUUCCUCCAGGGAGCACGCUGCCUUGGAGCCGCGUCAUCUUGGCGGCCGCGCUAUCAUCGUCAAGAGUUUCGCUCGCAUACACGAGACGAAUUUGAAGAAGCAGGGUCUCUUGCCGUUGACCUUCUCCAAUGCCGCUGAUUACGACAAAAUUCAACCUACCGACAAGAUCAGCCUCCUCGGAUUGAAGGAUCUGGCACCUGGCAAGCCGGUCAAAGCGCAAAUCAAGCACAAGGACGGCAAGGUGGACAACAUCAGUCUGAACCACACGAUGAACGAGCAGCAGAUCGGUUGGUUCAAAGCCGGUUCCGCCUUGAAUCGUAUGAAGGAAAUAUCGAGUGGCGGACGAUAAACUAGCUGCCGAUUGGAUAUCCAUUCGAGGGGUCAGCAAUUGUCAUAUAGCGCGUAACGCACUUAUGGAAAGGCGGAAAAGAAAGAACCGGAUGCAGCGAAGCCAAUCGAGGCAAUAUCAUCGUAUCUCUCUCUCUCUGUCCUCUUGGAUAAGCGAAUGAUAUGAUGCGGUGUCGAACCAUUGUAGUCCGAACAACGCAAACGUCUAAAAUAUAUCGCAACAGUACCUAAGAUAUACUUCUAAAGAAACAGAGAGAUAUACCUUCAUAGGUAUAUUUUAGAUGUGUGGUGUCGUUAGAGCUUUGUUCAUCGUUGCCUUUUCCCUUCACUUUUACUCGACAAUACUAACCGUUUACAUGGGGUUCGUUUGCGGAGAGGACGUGCGCUCGCAAGUUUGUAAACUCUGACGGACAGAGCCUUGUUCCGUAUCAAUGCGUAGACACGGUCGCGCAUCAGCCAAUGCGCUCGUUUCGGAAUCGUGAACAGCUCGGGGGCGUUGCUACAUGUACAUACAUACACUCAUCGCCAUCAAGGAAACGCCAUUGUCAUUUCCUAGUUGUUAAAUGAUUUUAGAAGAAUGUACUGUUUCGACGGAAGCUAAAUAAACUGUUAGCUAACGA